UGCCAGACAUUAGAUGCAAACGGACUGUCGCGAAGUGAGGAUGUCCAAACGUCGGUCGUUGCGGUGCGUCUAAGCAGCAGCAGCAGCACAAUAAAUUCUCGUGUCUCUUUGGAAGGUGGUGUGUGCGCGCGCCGUGCAUAUUGACUUCGCCGUCCGACUGGUGGGCCGCACACACGCACGCAGCUCGCGCGGGACCAGUCUCGACGCUGGUAGUGGCCGCUGCGAGUCAGUCUGUCAGUCAGUUCCUUGCGAGCCGGUUCGCUCGUUCGAGAGCGCGCACGCCUCUAUGACCAAAGUCCAGCAGCACCGUGUUAGUCACCGUCGUUUAGCCGCGGUUGAUCGUUUUGCGUAGAAUAAUUUUUGCACCGUGAGCUUCGGUAGUGCAAUAAGUGCAAAACGGGCGAUAGUGAUAUAGUUUAAAACGAAGCCGAUACACCACUGUUUAUAAACUGUGCGCUGUGAAGUGAAGGAGAAUGACAACAUAAACAAACGAUGUAAACAAUCGUGUGACAGUGUGGAAUAAGCAAAAACAAACACGACACCUGUGUUCGAAAUAAACAAAUCGAGAAGCAACGGAAAAGGAAAUACAAACAAGAAAAUUAAGAAAAGAGGAGAGAUCGUUCGGGAAGAUUGUGCAAUAAAAUUAAUCAUCAAAUCAAAAAGGAAAUCAACAUAAUUUUAAGCCGUGAAGCAUUUAGCUGGAAAUACGCUGAAGAGACUGUUAACAAGACAAGUGAACAAGAAAAUACUACUGCAUUUAAAUCAUUCGUUUUAUGGUGUGUCGAGCAACACAGAACUGUAUUUUUACUAUUUUAAAUAAGUUGACAAAAAAGUAUAUCAAAGCUCAGUGUUUAAAGUGACCGUUUAUCGUGCGGUAGUGUUGUGAAUAAGCCGGUGAAAUAAAAUCACACUUCGGGAGAUACAAAAAAAAAGGAAACCCUCCCCGGCAAUUACGGAACGCAUCCCCAGCGAGAAUACAACCCCGAAACGUACAAGGAUAACACCGGAAGCGAAAGCGCGAUCCGCGCGAGAAGAAGCAGUUCGUGAAUGAAAUUCAAGCCCGUGCGCGCCACUUCUUUUAUUCUCGCGGGCCCAGCGUACUUUCAUCCUUGCGGCCUCCGUCUGAAGUGACAACAGGAAGACGGUAGAGAGACAGUGUCCUUUUUUUUUUAUUUGCCACAAAUUCCGAGGGAAUUACGAGGCUGUGCUAGCUUCUCUUUUUUUCAAACACGGGGUGUUAAUUUCUUUCCUAUUGCAAAUGCUAAUUAAGACGGGCGCGAACUGAGUGAAAGACGAACGCCGGAAAACGUGAAAGGAUCAGCUGUUUUUUUUCCUGAGCGAGUGAUUUUACGAUUAAACGUGCAUUUUUGUUCAAAUCAUCUUCUUUUCACCACCCGAAAGUCCUCCGAUGCAGCGACCGUGUCUCUCCGGUGAAAUUGAUCGUAAAACAGUACUGAAAAAUGUCCAAGUGACGCUUGGCGCGGUGUGAAAGUUUUUUUGCGAGUGGAAAACUAAGGGAAGCCCAAAAUCAGCUGGGCUUUCAUGUUGGGCCCCCCAAACUCCCCAACCUGGUCAGUGUGCUUUUGUGCCCGUAGUGUGUGAGGUGUGUAUGUGUGGGUACUUAAAAAAAGGAAGGAAAGAAAAGUUUUUUGUGACAAAACGGUGAAAAGAAAACAAACUAGGUCGAGAAGACGGUGUGCGUGUGUGUAUUAAUUGUUGAAGAAAAACCCCGAAGCGGAAACCGGCACAAAAGCAUCAUCAAUCGCCAAAAUGAGAAUCAAAAUGCCAGCAGUUCGAAUCGCACAAGAUUCCGAAACGGGAGAUUCGGACGGCACGCAGGAUAUCCUAACAUGCGGGUCGUGUCAGAAAACGUUCGCCCUGUCCGACAUCGUGCGCUUCAUCCAGCACAAGGUGCUCCAGUGUAACAAGGAAAACUAUGGCCAGUGCUACACGCAAGCCGGUGGUACCGAUCGUGACUCGGACACGGAUGGCCGUCGGCUCAUGUUGACCAGCACCAGCAGCACCGCCAGCAGCAUCACGACGCGACGUGCCUCCAUGCCGAAUGUGUCCUGCCGGGUGAAGCAAAUCACCACGGCCAACGCCACCCCCCUCAGCACCAGCACCGCGUUCGAUCGUGUCCACACACCGCCACCGACCAGCCCGGCCGAACUGCUACGGGACGGCGCAUCCAGCACACCGAAACAGAUAGGUGAUGAACCAGAAAACGCAUCCACCCAUUGCCCGUCGCGGGGAGCCAGUCCGCUCGGUUGCACCCACCACGACAACCACAAACCGUCCGUCCGAGUGGCCGACAUCAAGCAGGAACGCAUGGACAUCGAUCCGUCGUCGUGCGGCGAGGACGAGUUCGUCGGCCGGAAACCAUCACAGACCACCCACCGGAACGGUUCGCACGACGGCCGGCUGAAGGGUGGGUCCGAUGCGCCCGAACCCAACAACACCAGCAGCGAGCCCAGCAAUUACGUCUGUUCCACGUGCAAAACCAAGUACCAUUCGGCCUGGCGGCUGGUGCAGCACGUUCAGCACGCACACGGGGUGAAGAUUUACGUUGAAUCGUUAGCCAGCACCGGUAACCAGGAUGGUGGCGCAGCGCCGACAGAGGAAUGCGAUGCACCAGAAUCGGCGGCCGCUUCCGAGGAAGCAAACGGACCGGUAACGCCGCUUCCGGAGUUGCAGAAGGUGACCGACGUUGCUAGUGAGCAGGCGGAAACAGUCUCACCACGGUCCCGAUCUGUAAGCCGAAGCCGCAACGAAGUGUCCAUGGAGCGAGAGGAAGAACGUCAGGAUAUCCAGAGGUCUCCAGCGCUGAAAGUUUCGAAGGAUGCACCCAGAAAUGGGUUGGAGCUGGCAGCCAACAGUGCGCCAGUCGAGAACGGUGUGGACGCUGAGUCCGACGGAGAGAUCGAGGUGCGAACGAAGCGACCGAAACUGACCAACACAAGCAGCAGCAGCAGCGGCAGCAGUAGCUCGAACGGAAGUCAAAGUACGGUUAACCACACUGUGGAAGUGGCCCUGGCACUCACAAGUCCUCAGGCACUUACCUCCUCCACGGUACUGCCCCUGCGGCAAUCGACCACCCCGCAACCUCCAGCCUCCUCGUUCAUCGCCGCCGCUCCUUCACCGUCCCACCCGCAACACUCACCACCAUCGGCCAGCGUUGUCACCUCAACGCCCACACCGGCACGCAGUGAAUCGACGCAAAGCCUUCCGCCAACGUCACUACGGGCUCACCACACGCUACUGCCACCACCGGAGCUGCAUCCGAACCCGUUCGGAUUGCUACGGAUGCCGCCGCACCAUCCGCACAGCCCUCUCUUCGGCCGAGCGCACCACGAUUUUCGCAUGGAGCAUCUUAUGUCGGAACAGUUCCGCAGCCACGGACUCAACCUUGCCGCAGCGGCUGUUGCAGCCGCCAACCAGCUAAAGUCCCACAGUCAGCAGUUCAAUCCAGCCACCGGAGCGACCGCCUCCGAGCGUCCUCCUUCGGCGAGUGGAGCCGCUCUCACACUCACCCCUGGCGGUGGUCUCGAGCCGCACAUGGACUACUACUCCCAGCGACUACGGCAGCUCGCAGGGACAACGAGCCCCGGCGCUAACCUUACCUCCAACUCCUCCAAUUCGCCGAGUCCUCGCAAGCAGCAACACUCACCAUCCCACUUUGCCAGCCCGUCACCUUCCCAGCUGCCUCCAACACCGCUCACCAACAACUCCCGGCCGCAGAGUCUAACCCCGCCGGAGAAACACACCGAACUGCUCGGCAUGGACACGGGCAGCAUCAGCAAUACGCCUCGAUCAGCCUCCACACCACCCAACAAGCAAUCGAUCCAGUCGGCAUCGGACAAUGCACUGUACUCGUGUGAGUUCUGCGGCAAGAAGUUCCGCUUCCAAAGCAACCUGCUCGUCCACCGGAGAACGCACACCCGCGAGUUGCCGUUCAAGUGUACAAGCUGUGAGUUUUCGUGCGCGAAGGAUUCGAAGCUGAAGCAGCACAUGAAGAUGGUGCACGGACGGCGACGUUCGUCGGCGGCUGUUUCGGAACCGGACUCGGGUGCGAGCAAUGUGGACUCGAUCAAGAGCGAUCCGGACGAUACGGACAAUGAGCUGAUGGAUGAUCUGGAUGCGGAUGGGGAUGAUCGGCGGAUGACACACGACGGUGUGGAUAUGGAUGACGAUAAUGGGGAGGAUGACGAUGAUGAUGACGAUGAGGAUGAGGAUGAGGACGAUGAAGCGGAGGACCUCAGCAUGAGCAGUACCCAGAGCCAAUCGAAGAAGGACAGUAGUGGUGGAUCGUUGCCCAUGUCCACGUCGCUCGUCGGGGAGUUGAUGGAUAAGUUCGGACUGUCCAACAUCGCCCAGUACUCGGAAGCUUACAAGCAGGCGCUGCAGGAAUCGGGCAAUGCGCUCAAGCUGCAACUAACGAGCAAAGAUCGGGACAAUAAUAACAGCGCCAUGGCUAUCCCUGGGCUGGCGGAGAAGCUAAACGGAUUGCCCACGGCGCUGCGCAUCAAGCAAGAACUGGCCAAGAAUAUGCUGCAGCAUCACAACGCCCAACUGCCACAGGUUCCUCUGUUCAAUCCGUUCGAAAACCCGUUCGAAGCGUCCAAGCGAAUGAAGCUCGAGGGUAGCGAGAGUUGGUGGGGUCUGCCAGGCCUGCAUCGAGGUGACGCACUGUUCGACGAGAUGAAACCGGGUCGGGAUGGUAGCGUUGGGCGAGGCUCCAGUGCCGCCGGCCUACUGCAACCGAUGAUGAAGAAGGAGAGCAAGCUGCGCAACGACACGUGCGAGUUCUGCGGCAAGGUGUUCAAGAACUGCUCCAACCUGACGGUCCACCGGCGGAGUCACACCGGCGAGAAGCCGUACAAGUGUGAGCUGUGUUCGUACGCCUGCGCCCAAAGCUCCAAGCUGACGCGCCACAUGAAGACGCACGGCCGGCUCGGGAAGGACGUGUACCGGUGCCGGUUCUGCGAGAUGCCGUUCAGCGUGCCGUCCACACUCGAGAAGCACAUGCGCAAGUGUGUCGUCAACCAGGGCAAACUGCAGCAGCAGCAGCAGCGCGAACUGCAGCACCUUCAGCAGCAGCAGCAGCGAGAACUGCAGCACCACCAGCAACUAGCCGCCCAGCAGCAACAGUUAGCCGCCCAGCAGAUGGCGCUCGCUGCCCACCGGGAUCGGGAUCACCAUCGGGAGCGGGAUCGCGAGCGGGACCGUGACCAUCAUCACCACCAGCAACAGCAGCAGCAGCCACCACCACCCCCACCACCACCAGCAAUGCUAGCAGCCGCCGCAGCCGCCUCACCUUCGCAUGUUGGGCCGCCUCAGCUACCGCCCGGGUUGCUGUUGCCACCGUUACCGGCCGCCGUAGCCGCAGCAGCAGCCGCCGCUGCCGGUGUCCAAGUGCCGGACGAUAGCGUCUCCUCCUGCUCACCGUCCGGGUCUUCGGCGUCUUCGUCGUCAGCCGCCGCCGCAGCAGCAGCAGCCGCCGCAGCCGCUGCAGCCGCCCUGAUCAAGGAGGAAGCGGCAACGGCAUGACUUUAUCCUCCCUGGAGUGGUUACGAACUGCCGCCCAGUCGGAUGAUGUCCCGCAUCUACUAGCCGCCGGCGCCAGCCGCCUUCGACAGCCGGCGGACGAUCGGUCACGGCAUGCAACCGACGGCCGGCACAUGCCCUGACCGUCCGUUCGUCCAUUGCCCGGAUGCGGUAAGCCAACGCGCAGCUGGACAUGAUGAUAUAAGCACAACGUGAUCGAUAAGCAGUAAGCAGUAAAAAGCACACACAAACACACACAAAUACAAGCAUAUUUUAUCCUCCAUCGUCAAGUUCUCCCCCCCCCCCCCCACCAUUCCCUCAUUUGUUCUUGUUUCUACAGAGGCAUUAAUACCAAAGUUACAUUACUUAAAAAGAGGCGACGGACGCCACUCCGGGAUACAGGUUUGAGAGACAGAGAGAGAGCGGAUGUUUCAUCUCUUUCUGAUUUUGUUUUUAUUUUUCCCCUUUUAUUUAAAGAUGGUUUGUUAGUAGAAACAAUUCCACACUUUACACACUACACAUUCGAGCGUGUGUUUUGUAUAUAUUAGCUGUAAAUUCCGGACAGACGAAAAAGACGUUUACAGAUGGCAACAGUAAAGGCAUUUAUACUAGGGAGAUUCCUUUUUUUUUGUUUUAUUUUGAAGCGAGCUGGCACACAGACAUAAUGUGCACACGUACGAGGUUUAAAGUUUUCUUUUUAAAUUAUUAUACUUAGUUUUGGGGUCGCGAAGGCCACACACACCGUGAUGCCAGCCGCUUGUGAGCGUUGUACAGUAUUUUAAGCGAAAGAAAGUAAGUGACAAAUAAAAUUGCGAAAUGCGAACUAAAGGAAACUAGUGGUUUAAGUAGUGUUAAUUCAAACAGGAAAAACAAGAAAAACAAACAUAAAAACACACAGGAGAAAAAAAUCAUUCAAUUAAUGAGAGCGAGAGAGCGAGAGAGAGAAAGCGAAGGAGAAGUUAGAACAAUUGUUUGGUGCGAGAGACUUCACCAGAGCAAGGAUGUUGGCCAGUUGUAAUUCAUAGCACACUUGGAUCGUGCCGUUUUUCCUUUUUGUCUUCUUGUGCAGUUUAUUUCCUCUUAGAAAUGUUGUUUUGUUGAGCGGAAAAUGGAUCCCGUUUCGCUCCUUUUUUUGCAUAGGAUAAUUGUAUCGUUUUCACCCUAUCUCUGUUGUUCAGUUUUAUUAUUGACAAGUGUUGUGAUUGUUUUGUUUUUCCUCCUAUUCUCUCUUUUCUGGUGGGUUUUCUUUCACAACUUUCACACCCUGAAAAGCUGAUAGUGAACAGUGUACCAUAUAGCUUGUAAGCGGAAAAGGACCUCCUCACACCGUUUAACACCGUUCGAUGAGUUUCCUUCUACUUACGUUAAGACUGAUUAUGAAACGAUAAAUUGCCUUUGGCCUUCUUAAAAGUAUGUACAUUUUUUAACUAUUAUUUUAAAAAUCGAUUCUUUGCUGCUAGGUUUGUGCUCUUCCAACGACAACCGAGCGAAUGUGCACCUAUUUAUUUCCGUUUAAUCAGUGCUAAACAAUUCCUUUCUGCCUGCAUUCCGAGGCUAAGAGACACGGAGAUUCGCUCUCACUUUCGCUCUUCUUUGGACGAAAAGAAAACAGGAUGAACUGAAUUGUUUACACCUUUUGCUUUCCACGACAAAACAAACAAACCAGCGACAGGCAUAGGCAGGAUGAAUGUAACCCAAGGAGGAUGCAGAUGAAGUGAAUAAAGAUGAAUGUGACAAAGUGUAAGAAAUUCUAGCGAAAAGGUAGUUGUUAAUUCUUAUUUCCUUUUUUCCCCCGUUUUGCUGCAAAUGCAACCCCUUUUUUGUACAUUCCUCACGUGAUAAAUGAAGACUUUUCUCCACCUUGAACGUAAUAGUAUGGGCGGUUCGCGAGACUCACGGGCAUCCCGUUUCACCUUAUUGUAGGUGGGAAGUUAUUUUAAAUGAGUGAUGGGACAGUUUGAAACCAGUAAAAUACACACAUACAGAAAAAAAACCAAAAUGGACGGACAGCAAGGACAGUAGCAUUGUGGAAGGCAUUCUCAAUAAAAACAAACAAAAACAAUGAAAGAUUCCUAUUAAACUUUAUGAAUUUAUAUAAAUGUACAAAUUGGAGCUAAGUGUUUGUGAGGCAAUCGAGCUGACCAGUACGGGGACCGAUAUUGGACCGCGGGCGCGUGAGCAAGAGUAAAUUACACCGGAACAAGGUACCGUUUCGCUGUAAUCCUUUUUGUAACGAAGAAAUAUUACAAUAAACAUAUAAACCGAAGCGAGAAAGGAAAAAGAAACACAUAAUAAAAAUCAAAUCGUAUCAAAAAUGUUAAACGAUGCUGCGGAAACGGCAUCUCAUUCCUUGAUAUGUGUAUUAAAGUGAAGUGAAGGAUGCGCGCAGAACAAGAAAAUGAAACCAGACAACCAGGUGGCAAUUAAUAGAAAUGUAGCAUAAAGCAAGGGAGAAGCAGCAUAGGAACAUUUGAAUCCGAUACUCGGUAUCGUAGGGACAGAAUGAAAUAAACAAGCACAAGAAUAUCGGAAGGUGGAAAACUAUA